CUAUUAUAUAAGGCAAGACAUGAGGGACACCAAAAAAUAAAAAAAAAGGAAUAAAAGAAGAAAAGAAAAGAAGAUAACUAACUGUUUCAUUUGAAUGGAAAAGGGAAGUAAGACAUUUAAAUUGAACAUUAGUUUUUUGAGAAAGAAAAAUAUAAAAACAGUUUUUUACCCAAUUAAUUUUAUUUUCACUUCAUUUGUUAUCACACAUAAUCGCACGCAUUGCGUGCAUGUAAGACUAGUAUUAAUUAACGCAAAACCCAAAAUACCAGGAACUACUUACUACUGUUCAUAUAAAUACAACACAAACAAACCCCAGUUUCAGAAUUUUAAGAUUUACUAGAGAGAGAAAAGAGCGAGCAAGAAUUAGCGUGUUAGAGAGAGAAACAAACAACAAGUUGAUGAUUCAUUCUUUCUUCUUCAAAGAAAUCUGAGAAUUGAAGAAAGAAAUGACAAUGAGUGGAUCAAUGGAUGUUUCUGAUAAAGAAGCUGAAGUUUCUGACAAGGGUAAUAACAACAAAUCAAGAGAGCUUAUGAAUGAAUUGUACAAUCUAACUUUGGAGAUCAUUGCUGCUGCUGAUGAAGUUAAUAGCGGGGGUGAUAAUAAUGAACGAAUUCUGGGUAAAAUUGAUAAAGCAUUUCAAGUAUUAAGUGCAUUGGGAGAGUUAUUGAAGAAGCAAAAACAUGUUGAUGAUUUCGUUUUUCCUGAUGAAUUUUCUUGCCCAAUUUCUAUGGAACUUAUCAAAGACCCUGUUGUUCUGUCUACUGGUGUGACUUAUGAUCGGCCAUAUAUUGAGAAAUGGCUUAAAGAUGGGAAUCGAAUUUGUCCUCAGACCCAACAGGUGCUUUCUAAUAUUGAGCUCUUCCCAAACCAUUUAAUUCGUGAGCUGAUAAGACAAUGGUGCUUGAAUCGUGGACAUGAAGUCCCUUCACCAGUUCAGGAUAUCAAGGUUGGAUCAUUAACUGAUGCUGAUCGAAAGCAUAUAAGUUCUCUGUUGCAGAAGCUGUCUUCAAGUCUUUCUGAUCAAAAGGAAGCUGCAAAAGAGAUCCGAAAGUUGACCAAGCAAAUGCCAUCUUCUCACUCCUUCUUUGGGGAGUCCACCGAUGCCAUGCUACAGUUGUUGACCCCUCUCGCAUCUCCAAAAACCUGUGAGGAACACCCGGAUCUUCAUGAGGAUCUUAUAACAGCUGUAUUGAAUAUUUCUAUACCUGAUGACAACAAGCAGGCUAUUGUUAAAUGUCCAAGUGUCAUUCCUUUACUCAUUGAAUCCUUGAAACUUGGGACCAUGGAAACAAGAACCAAUGCUGCUGCUGCUCUAUUUUCUUUAUCAGCACUUGAUGAUAACAAGGUUGCUAUUGGACAACUAGGUGCUUUGAAGCCUUUGCUUGACCUACUGGAACAAGGAGAUCGAUCAGCCAUGAAAGAUGCGGCUUCUGCAAUCUAUAACCUGUGUAGACAGAGGGAGAACAGGGGCCCUGCUGUUAAAGAUGGAGCUGUAAAAGUGAUAAUAGGAAAGAUCAAAGAGCGUGUGUAUGUCUCUGAGAUGCUGGCAAUCCUUGCUCUUCUGUCAGCCAGUCAUACAGCUAUCGAUGAGUUUGAGAAGCUCAAUUCAGUGGACUGCUUGCUAAGUAUAAUAAGGGACAGUGAUUCUGAGACUGACAAGGAAAACUGCACUGUGGUUUUGCAUGACUUCUGCAACUAUAGUCGUUAUGCACGGAAGGGUAUUCGGGAAGAUGAAAGUAAAUGGAACAAUUCCGAAGAUGGCAGAGACUGGAACAGGAAGGCUAAUGCUAUUCUGGAUAGGGUGAGGCCGAGCAAGCACAUUAGCUACACCCGUACUAAUUGAAGAUUUACGACAAGUUUCCCAAGAGAGUUCAUGUACAUAUUGCUUCCUUGGUCGGUUGCUGUAUACAAAUCAGUCAGUUCUGUUACCUGUAAAGUCAAAACUACAUACUAUACUUUGGGGUUAAAAUGGGGGUAAGUUCGUUCUGCGCUCAAUACUUUUAGCAAUGUACAGUGCUGCUACAAGUUUUGGUCUCCAUUCAUUUUGAAUAAGAAUGGUAUAUCUGUGAUCAGAAGUGUAAAAAAUUAGAUCAUUUAUGGUAAUCAAUUGAAAUAACUCUUCUUUUUGGUCCUUU